AUGAGCGCGGCCGCGCAGACCCCGCCGCCGCCGCAGAUGGAGGGCAGCGCCGAGCCGCUGCCCCGCUGGGAGAUCAAGAUCGACCCGCAGACGGGAUGGCCCUUCUUCGUGGAUCACAACAGCCGCACCACCACCUGGAGCGACCCGCGCCUGCGGGCAGCGCCGCAGGAAGGCCAGUCCUCAGCAAACGGCCCAUCUCGAGACAGCCCCCGGCAGCUGCCGGCCAGAGAAGGAAGCGUGGGAUACCCCAAGCUGCGGGCCGGCUACAUCCCCAUCCCCGUCAUCCACGAGGGCCUGGACGGCCGGCAGCAGCACCCCUGCUUCUCUGCCCCGCAGAGGUACAAGACAGAAGCCGUGCCCGGCGCGGGGCAGGCCUAUCCCGGCCCCGAGUCCCCCGCGCCCGCGGAUAAACAGAGCGGACAGACAACGGCAGCUGCACCAGCGCCGGCCACGCACGGACACGAGCCUCCGCCUCCUGGAGCAUCUGAUCCUCCAACAGUUCCCCCUCAGUCCUCUGGCAGACCCAACGCAGGGAGCCAUCAGCUGCCUCGUGGCUAUAUUCCGAUUCCCGUGAUCCACGAGAACAUGCCCCGGCAGCCGACACAGGCCUACCACCAGGCACAGAAGACACACUACCCUGCCCAGCAGAGCGAGUUCCAGGCCCACCAGCCGGUGUUCCACAAGAUCCAGCCCGAGGACAGGGAGCCCAAGGCGCCGCGGGCUCAGUCUCCCUUCAGGGUGGCAGAGGGCUCUUCGAGUCGGGAGAGCUCCCCAGCCAGAGUUACCACCCAGAUGCAGCCCCCAGCUCCCAUCAGAGUGCAGACAGUUGUGGACAGACCCCAGGUUUCUCAGCAACAAGUCCCUCCUCAGGAGCCACCAAGAGCAGCCCCUGCACCUGAAGUGAAGCCUGAGAACAAGGCAGCCCCAGCCCCCGAAACUGAGGCACCGUCAACAUAUAUCCCGAUUCAGGUCACCCACCAAGAACCAGAGCCUAAAGCACCACCCCAGAAGCCUCCAGCCAUGCCAGAGAAAGCUGAUAAAAAGGCUCCUCCCCCUGCUAAGGUUGCUCCCCCCCAGGAAAAGCCUCCUCCUGAGGAAGCGCCGCCGCCCCCGAAGACGAUGGAAACGGGGGAACCUCCAAAGCAUCCCGGUGUUCUGAAAGUGGAAGCAAUCCUGGAGAAAGUACAAAUGCUUGAGCAGGCGGUCAACUCCUUCGAAGGCAAGAAAACUGACAAAAAAUACUUGAUGAUUGAAGAGUAUUUGACCAAAGAGUUGCUAGCCCUAGACUCGGUGGACCCUGAGGGUCGUGCGGAUGUGCGCCAGGCCAGGAGAGAUGGUGUAAGGAAGGUCCAGACCAUUUUGGAAAAACUUGAACAGAAAGCGGAAGAUGUCCCAGAACCUGUUGAUGGACUUCAGCCAAAUUGUCCAGAGCCUAAGGCACCACAGGAAAUCAUGGAGAUUGAACCUGUGGUAGUCAAGAGUAAGGGAGAUACCAGUAAUAAAAAUGCUAAAGAGGAAACCAAAAUGGAAGGACAUCAGCCUGAAACUAAGGAAGAAGUGUUUACCAAUCUGGCUACUACGACAAACACAUCUAAUAACCCAACUGAACCAUAGCUAUGUGCUGAAAUCCAAAUCUCUCAGACUCUAUAACUUAAAGUGUGUUUAAGUGAAUUUUAAGUUGCAUGCAUUUCCGGAGCUCUUUUCAGCUGGUUUUAAUCAACGUAGCAGCUUGGGACACAGUAAACACUUUGUGGGGAAAGGAGGGAGCUAGAAAGAAAGUAAUGCAUUUAUCCUUUAUUCUUACACUAUGUAAAAGACAUGUUUCAAAAAUAAACCCUGUGCAUUAAUUGCUUUUAGAUCAGCUGAGUGGAGGAAACCAAACGACUUCAGGGUUAAUAUUGAUGCGUGUUGUUUAGGGUGUAUUCUUUUGCAGGUGAUUUUUGUAAAAUCAGUGGCCUGCACUGUCAGAAUACCAGUCCUCUUACAAGUAUAGCCACUCUUAACAGUAAUGUUUUUAUUUUUAAUGUUCACAGUUGGGCACUUUAAGUAACGAUGGAUAGAAAGCGUGUAAGAAACUGUAGGGAUAUUUAUAUGUGUGCAGGACUUCAAUGCUAUAUUUUAAGAGGGAAAUAAAAUAAUAUGGAAGCCUAA